AUGGCCGCCCGCAACGCCAUAACCCUAAUCCAGAAGUCCAAGUCUUCCUCGCCCGAGAUACUGCAGCUGCGAUGUCACAUACGACCCGGCGCAAGCAAGGUGCGGGAGGGAGUUGCCACCGUCACAGAUGAGUCCAUCGAGCUAUGCGUAGCCGCUCCGCCGCAGGACGGCAAGGCAAACAAGGCCGUUAUUGAGAUAUUAAGCGAGAUCCUAGGCGUCCCAAAAUCGGACUUGCAGAUCACUCAUGGGAUGAAAAACAGGGAUAAGACCAUUAGUGUCGCGAGCGCCUGUUUCCGGCGCGGCAAGGACGGGGAGAGCGAUGAGGACCUCGUAGCUAUGGUAAAGCAGAAGCUCCUCAGCCAGGAAGUAUCGUAA